GUUGUUUCCUAGAAACAUGGUUGUUUGUUGGACUUGAUCUCACAACCCAGUGAGGACGUCUUUACUGAUAAUGUCAAGUUCAGGUUACCCUCCCAACCAAGGAGCUUUCAGCACAGAGCAAAGUCGUUAUCCUUCACAUUCUGUUCAGUAUACUUUUCCCAGCACCAGACACCAGCAGGAGUUUGCAGUCCCUGACUAUCGCUCUUCUCAUAUUGAAGUUAGUCAGGCGUCCCAGCUUUUGCAGCAACAGCAGCAGCAGCAGCAGCAGCUUCGAAGACGACCUUCCUUGCUUUCAGAAUUUCAUCCAGGUUCUGACAGGCCUCAAGAAAGAAGAACUGGAUAUGAACAGUUUCACUCAGGUCCCUCACCAGUGGAUCAUGAUUCCUUGGAGUCCAAGCGGCCACGCCUGGAGCCAGUUUCUGAUGCCCAUUUCCAGCGUGUUAGUGCUGCGGUUUUACCUUUAGUUCACACGCUGCCAGAAGGGUUGAGGUCAUCUGCAGAUGCUAAGAAGGACCCUGCAUUUGGAGGCAAACAUGAAGCUCCAUCUUCUCCACUGGCUGGGCAAACAUGUGGAGAUGAUCAAAAUGCUUCACCUUCAAAGCUUUCAAAGGAAGAGUUAAUACAGAGUAUGGACCGGGUAGAUCGAGAGAUUGCAAAAGUAGAGCAGCAGAUCCUUAAACUGAAAAAGAAGCAAAAAAAAGCAGAAGAAGCUCAUAAAAUUUUUGAAGGUCUUGGCCCAAAAGUUGAACUGCCACUCUAUAACCAGCCAUCAGAUACCAAGGUGUACCAUGAGAACAUCAAGACUGGAGUACCUGCAAGGCGCAUGAUGAAAAACCAGGUGAUGAGGAAAAAACUCAUUUUAUUUUUUAAAAGAAGAAAUCAUGCAAGAAAACAAAGGGAACAAAAAAUCUGCCAGCGUUAUGAUCAGCUCAUGGAGGCAUGGGAGAAAAAAGUGGACAGAAUAGAAAAUAAUCCCCGGAGGAAAGCAAAGGAAAGCAAAACAAGGGAAUACUAUGAGAAGCAGUUUCCAGAAAUUCGAAAACAAAGAGAACAGCAAGAAAGAUUUCAACGUGUUGGUCAGAGGGGAGCUGGUCUUUCAGCCACCAUUGCUAGGAGUGAGCAUGAGAUUUCUGAAAUUAUUGAUGGUCUUUCUGAGCAGGAGAAUAAUGAGAAACAAAUGCGUCAGCUUUCUGUGAUUCCACCUAUGAUGUUUGAUGCAGAACAAAGAAGGGUCAAGUUCAUCAAUAUGAAUGGGCUUAUGGAGGAUCCUAUGAAAGUUUAUAAAGAUAGACAGUUUAUGAAUGUUUGGACUGACCAUGAAAAGGAGAUCUUUAAGGACAAAUUUAUCCAGCAUCCAAAAAACUUUGGACUAAUUGCAUCCUACUUGGAAAGGAAGAGUGUGCCUGAUUGUGUUUUAUAUUACUAUUUAACCAAGAAAAAUGAAAAUUAUAAAGCCCUAGUGAGAAGAAAUUAUGGAAAACGGAGAGGCAGAAAUCAGCAGCAGAUUCCCCGUCCCUCACAAGAAGAAAAACUAGAAGAAAAAGAAGAGGAUAAAGCAGAAAAAACAGAAAAAAAGGAAGAAGAAAAGAAGGAGGAUGAAGAAAAAGAAGAGAAGGAAGACUCAAAAGAAACUGCCAAGGAAAAGGAUCGAACGGAAGGCACAGCAGAAGAAACUGAGGAAAGAGAGCAGGCCACGCCCAGGGGACGAAAGACUGCUAACAGCCAGGGGCGCCGGAAGGGCCGCAUCACCAGGUCCAUGACAAGUGAAGCAGCAGCUGCCAGUGCUGCUGCAGCCAAUGAGGAGCCCCCCCAAUCCCUGCCACCACCAUCAGAGCCCAUUUCUACUGAGCCUGUUGAGACCUCACGAUGGACUGAAGAAGAAAUGGAAGUUGCUAAAAAAGGCCUAGUAGAACAUGGUCGUAACUGGGCAGCUAUUGCCAAAAUGGUGGGAACUAAAAGUGAAGCUCAGUGUAAAAACUUCUAUUUUAACUACAAAAGACGGCACAAUCUUGACAACCUCUUGCAGCAACAUAAACAGAAAGUGAGUAGGAUAGUUGUGGCUUCACGAAAACCUAGAGAGGAACGAGAUGUCUCUCAAUGUGAAAGCGUUGCUUCCACUGUUUCUGCUCAGGAGGAUGAAGACAUUGAAGCCUCUAAUGAAGAGGAAAAUCCAGAAGAUAGUGAAGGUGCUGAAAAUAGUUCUGAUACAGAAAGUGCUCCCUCUCCUCCACCAGUUGAAGCUGCCAAGCCCAGUGAAGACAGCAGUGAAAAUGCUGCUUCUCGAGGAAACACCGAACCUGUGGCUGAGCUUGAGGCCACCACUGACCCUGCACCCUGUGCAUCUCCCUCUUCAGCAGUUCCAAGCACAAAACCAGCUGAAAGUGAAAGCGUGGAGGCCCAGGCGACUGACAGCGCCAGUGUGGAGACAGCAGAGCCAAUGGAUGUGGACCGUGAGGAAUGUUGUGCUGAAGCCAGUUCUGUUCUUGAUCCGCCAGCUGCUCCCAAAGCCGACUCUGUGGAUGCAGAAAUUCGGGUGUCAGAAAACACUUCGUCUAAAGGUGAAGGAGAUGCCAAAGAAAGAGACUUGGAGAGCACCGGUGAGAAGACAGAGGCUAGAGAUGAAGACUUGGUGGCGGCUGAGCAGUUGAAUAUCCAGAGGCCUGAGCCACAGUCAGACAACGACUCCAGUGCCACAUGCAGUGCUGAUGAGGAUGUGGAUGGAGAGCCUGAGAGGCAGAGGUUUCUUGCACCCCAUGUAAUAUACCAAUUGGAGCCCCCGUGAGUGGCUAUGCUCUUUACCAGCGGCACAUUAAGGCUAUGCAUGAGUCAGCUCUCCUGGAGGAACAGCGUCAGAGGCAAGAACAGAUAGACUUGGAAUGCAGAAGCUCUGCAAGCCCGUGUGGUACUUCGAAGAGUCCAAACAGGGAGUGGGAAGGAAAAUCAGUCGCCUAUAUGCCUUAUGCUGAGGUCAAACGUGCUCUAGAACAGGAAGCACAGAUGCACAGUACCGCAGCAAGGUCAGCCUCACCGUGUAGGCUCUCUCCAAGAGAAGUCAGUAAAGCCGCUUCACAGCCUGAUUUGAGUGCAGCCCGCUAUAGUGUCCCUCCAGUUCUUCAACCUGCUCCACAUCAAGUGAUAACUAACCUUCCUGAAGGGGUUCGACUUCCCACAACACGACCAACCAGACCACCACCUCCUCUCAUCCCAUCGUCUAAAACCACAGCGGCAUCAGAGAAACCAUCCUUUAUAAUGGGAGGGUCCAUCUCACAGGGGACUCCUGGCACUUACUUGACUUCUCAUAAUCAGGCUUAUACUCAAGAAGCCCCUAAGCCCUCAGUGGGAUCUAUCUCUCUUGGAUUGCCACGGCAGCAGGAAUCCACCAAAUCAGCUCCUUUGACCUACAUCAAGCAGGAAGAAUUUUCUCCACGAAGCCAAAACUCACAACCCGAGGGCUUAUUGGUCAGGGCACAGCAUGAAGGUGUGGUCAGAGGCACUGCAGGGGCUGUCCAAGAAGGAAGUAUAACUCGGGGAACUCCAGCCAGCAAAAUCUCAGUGGAGAGCAUUUCAUCAUUGCGGGGUUCUAUUACACAGGGAACCCCAGCUCUGCCCCAAGCAGGCAUACCGACAGAAGCUUUGGUGAAGGGACCUGUUUCCAGGAUGCCCAUUGAAGAAAGCAGCCCUGAGAAAGUCAGAGAGGAAGCUGCAUCCAAAGGCCAUGUUAUUUAUGAAGGCAAAAGUGGACACAUCUUAUCGUAUGAUAAUAUUAAAAAUGCCCGAGAAGGGACUCGCAGUCCAAGAACAGCUCAUGAAGUCAGUUUAAAAAGAAGUUAUGAGUCAGUGGAAGGAAAUAUAAAGCAAGGGAUGUCAAUGAGGGAGUCUCCUGUAUCAGCACCAUUAGAGGGUCUGAUAUGUCGGGCAUUACCUAGAGGGAGCCCUCAUUCUGAACUCAAAGAAAGGACUGUGCUAUCUGGUUCCAUAAUGCAGGGCACACCAAGAGCAACAACUGAUAGCUUUGAAGAUGGCCUUAAAUAUCCCAAACAGAUUAAAAGGGAAAGUCCUCCUAUCCGAGCAUUUGAAGGCGCCAUUACCAAAGGAAAACCAUAUGAUGGUAUCACCACUAUCAAAGAAAUGGGACGUUCCAUUCAUGAGAUCCCACGACAAGAUAUUCUAACUCAGGAAAGCCGAAAAACUCCAGAAGUGGUCCAGAGCACAAGGCCAAUAAUUGAGGGUUCCAUUUCCCAGGGCACACCAAUCAAAUUUGACAACAACUCAGGUCAAUCAGCUAUCAAACACAAUGUGAAGUCCUUAAUCACAGGGCCUAGCAAACUACCCCGUGGAAUGCUGGAAAUUGUACCAGAGAGCAUAAAAGUAGUAGAACGGGGAAAAUACGAGGAUGUGAAAGCCGGCGAGCCAGUGCGUCCCCGGCACACGUCAGUUGUGAGCUCUGGCCCCUCCGUUCUCAGGUCUACACUGCAUGAAGCUCCCAAAGCACAGCUGAGCCCCGGAAUCUAUGAUGACACCAGUGCUCGAAGGACCCCUGUGAGUUACCAAAACACCAUAUCCAGAGGCUCACCCAUGAUGAACAGAACUUCUGAUGUUUCUUCCAGCAAGUCGACCAGUCAUGAAAGGAAAUCGACUCUGACCCCAACCCAAAGAGAAAGUGUACCAGCCAAGUCUCCAGUGCCCGGGGUGGAUCCUGUCCUGAGUCACAGCCCAUUUGAUCCCCAUCAUAGGAGCAGCGCUGCAGGAGAGGUUUAUCGGAGCCACCUUCCCACGCACUUGGAUCCAGCCAUGCCCUUCCACAGGGCUUUGGAUCCUGCAGCUGCUGCUUACCUGUUUCAGAGACAGCUUUCACCAACCCCAGGAUACCCGAGUCAGUACCAGCUUUAUGCAAUGGAGAAUACAAGACAGACAAUCCUAAAUGAUUACAUUACCUCACAGCAGAUGCAAGUGAAUUUGCGCCCUGAUGUUGCCAGGGGACUGUCCCCACGAGAGCAGCCAUUGGGUCUCCCUUAUCCAGCUACAAGAGGAAUCAUUGACCUGACCAAUAUGCCGCCAACAAUUUUAGUGCCUCAUGCUGGGGGAGCAAGCACUCCUCCCAUGGACAGAAUCACUUACAUCCCUGGUACACAGAUUACUUUCCCUCCCAGACCAUACAACGCUGCUUCUUUGUCUCCAGAUUCGUGUUUUACAGGACACCCAACACACCUUGCAGCAGCUGCAAAUGCUGAGAGGGAUCGAGAGCGGGAAAGGGAGAAGGAGCGGGAGCGGGAGCGGGAGCGAGAGCGAGAGCGGGAACGUGAAAGGGAAAGGGAAAGGGAACGAGAACGUGAACGAGAACGUGAACGAGAACGUGAAAGGCUCUCUGCUGCUUCCUCCUCUGAUAUCUACCUACGACCAGGAUCAGAACAGCCAGGUCGACCUGGCAGCCACGGAUAUGUUCGCUCCCCUUCCCCUUCCCCUUCAAUAAGAACUCAGGAGACCAUGUUGCAACAGAGACCCAGUGUUUUCCAGGGAACCAAUGGAACCAGUGUAAUCACACCUUUGGACCCAUCUGCUCAGCUACGAAUCAUGCCACUGCCUGCUGGGGGCCCUUCAAUAAGCCAAGGCCUGCCAGCCUCCCGUUACAACACUGCUGCGGAUGCCCUGGCUGUUCUUGUGGAUGCUGCAGCUUCUGCACCCCAGAUGGAUGUUUCCAAAACAAAAGAGAGUAAGCAUGAAGCUGCCAGGUUAGAAGAAAAUUUGAGAAGCAGGUCAGCAGCAGUUAGUGAACAGCAGCAGCUAGAGCAGAAAACCCUGGAGGUGGAGAAGAGAUCUGUUCAGUGUGUGUGCACUUCUUCAGCCCUUCCGAGUGGCAAGCCCCAGCCUCAUGCCUCAGUAGUGUAUUCUGAGGCUGGGAAAGAUAAAGGGCCUCCUCCAAAAUCCAGAUAUGAGGAAGAGCUAAGGACCCGAGGGAAGACUACCAUUACUGCAGCUAACUUCAUAGACGUGAUCAUCACCCGGCAAAUUGCCUCGGACAAGGAUGCGAGGGAACGUGGCUCUCAAAGUUCAGACUCUUCUAGUAGCUUGUCUUCUCACAGGUAUGAAGCACCUAGUGAUGCUAUUGAGGUGAUAAGUCCUGCCAGCUCCCCAGGACCACCCCAGGACAAACCACAGGCCUAUCAGUCAGAGAUGGCUAAGGCAAAUCAAGCAGAAAAUGAGCCCACUCGGCAGUAUGAAGGACCAUUGCAUCACUAUCGGUCCCAGCAGGAGUCACCAUCUCCACAGCAGCAGCCACCACCGCCCCCAUCCUCACAGGCAGAAGGAAUGGGGCAGGUGCCCAGGACCCAUCGACUGAUCACACUUGCUGAUCACAUCUGUCAAAUUAUCACACAAGAUUUUGCUAGAAAUCAAGUUUCCUCGCAGCCUCCUACUUCAACAUUCCAAACUUCACCAUCUGCUUUAGCAUCUACACCUGUAAGAACUAAAACAUCAAGUCGCUACAGCCCAGAGUCCCAGUCUCAGACUGUCCUGCAUCCAAGACCAGGUUCUAGAGUCUCUCCAGAACAUCUUGUGGAUAAAUCCCGGGGAAGGCCUGGAAAAUCUCCAGAGAGAAGUCACAUCCCAUCAGAGCCCUAUGAGCCCAUCUCCCCACCCCCAGUUCCUGCUGUGCAUGAGAAGCAGGACAGCUUAUUGCUCUUGUCACAAAGGGGAGUGGAGCCUGUGGAGCAGAGGACUGAUUCUCGAUCUCCAGGAAGUAUAAGCUACUUGCCUUCCUUCUUCACCAAGCUCGAAAGCACAUCGCCCAUGGUUAAAUCAAAGAAGCAGGAAAUUUUUCGUAAGUUGAACUCCUCUGGUGGAGGUGACUCUGAUAUGGCAGCUGCACAGCCAGGAACUGAGAUCUUCAAUCUGCCAGCAGUUACUACAUCAGGUGCAGUUAGCUCAAGAAGCCAUUCUUUUGCUGAUCCUGCCAGUAAUCUUGGUCUAGAAGACAUCAUCAGAAAGGCUCUAAUGGGAAGUUUUGAUGAUAAAGUUGAAGAUCAUGGUGUUGUCAUGCCUCAACCUGUAGGAGUUGUGCCUGGUAGUGCCAGCACCUCAGUUGUGACCAGCAGUGACACACGGAGAGAUGAAGGGGACCCUUCACCUCAUCCAGGAGUAUGCAAACCAAAGCUGAUCAACAAAUCAAACAGCCGGAAGUCUAAAUCUCCUAUUCCUGGGCAAAGCUACUUAGGAACUGAACGGCCUUCUUCAGUCUCCUCUGUACAUUCGGAAGGUGAUUACCAUAGGCAGACACCAGGAUGGGCCUGGGAAGACAGGCCCUCUUCAACAGGCUCUACUCAGUUCCCUUACAACCCUCUGACCAUGAGGAUGCUCAGCAGUACACCACCAACACCGAUCGCAUGUGCCCCUUCGGCCAUCAACCAAGCAGCUCCCCAUCAACAGAACCGCAUUUGGGAGAGGGAACCUGCCCCCCUGCUCCAGUACGAGACCCUAUCUGAUAGUGACGACUGAUCUGUGCACAGAAGGGAACUCUGACUUUGGUUUUAAUUUCAGAUUAAAAAAAAUUCUGUCCUCCUAUGAUUUGUGCCCAGAGACUUCUCAGGAGAGCCAGGGCCACAGAUGAAGAAAUGAUGGAAAUUCAUUUGGAAAAUCAAAUGAGAGGAAAAAAAAAACAAAAACAAAAAAACUGCCUCUAAUACAGGCAACUCAAUGGAUUGUAAGUGGAGGAAGGUUGAAGUGUAGAGUUUUUUAAAAGUGGACAAUUCCUGUUCUUACAUCUGUUUGUAAAAAAAAAAAAAAAACAAAACAAAAACAAACAAACCAUGAUGUCUUUAAAUCACUCUUCUGUAAAUAGACGACCUUUUUGCAGUGUAUCCCCUUGCUGUAGUAUCUGGUGUACUUAAAUUUAAAUCAGCACAUCAACAUUGGGGGUAAUUUUUUAAAUUCUUUGUCUAUCUUUUUAACCCCAGCCUUCUAAACAACCUCACGCGGCACAGUUACACAGUACUGGCUGCCAUGGGCAUUGUACUUGUGUUUCCUCUAAAUUCAACUUUCCAGGUGAUGUUUAAAUCUUGUGAAAAUGUUUAGGUUUGGAACACAUACCCUGUCAUAAAGCCUGAAUGAGGUCAAAGGGCAGGAGCAACAGAACUGUCAUAUUGUGAGUUUCCAGAGCGGGCUUUAUUUUCUCAUUAGUGGCACUGAAAAAAAAAAUUACUGCAUGGGUAUGUUGUAGUUCAGUUUUACAGUUUAAAGGCUUAUUUGAGGUAUACCUCAGUGUUUAUGCACACUGGUAAUUUAACCUUGCCCUUAAUUAUUCUUCUGCAUUUGAUGCAGCCCAACCAAGCUUUUUUGUUCUGAAAUAAAUUUGACUAUCCGGUCCAUAGCUACAGUA